AUGGUGUCGAAAAGAAGUGUACCUUCAAGGCACUGUUCUCUCAGCACCUAUGAAGUCAUGUUUGCGGUUCUCUUUUCCAUUUUGGUGAUCGUCUGUGCUGGAUUAAUUGCAAUAUCCUGGCUGGCAAUCAAUGAUUCAGAAAGAGAUGCAGAAUUUGGAAACAGUCAUGAAGCCAGAGGGACAUUGAAAAUAACAUCAGGAGCUACAUAUAAUCCUAAUUUGCAAGACAAACUCUCAGUGGAUUUCAAAGUUCUUGCUUUUGACCUUCAGCAAAUGAUAGAUGAGAUCUUUCAAUCAAGUAAUCUGAAAAACAAAUAUAAAAACUCAAGAGUUUUACAAUUUGAAAAUGGCAGCAUUACAGUCAUAUUUGACCUUUUCUUUGCCCAGUGGGUGUCAGAUGAAAAUGUAAAGGAAGAAAUGAUUCAAGGCAUUGAAGCAAAUAAAUCCAGCCAACUGGUCACUUUCCAUAUUGAUUUGAACAGCAUUGAUAUCACAGCAUCUUCGGAGAAUUCCUCUACAGUAAUCCCUGCAAAAACUUCAGACAAGCUAACAACCAACAGUCCUACUGCAAAUCCAGGAAACAUCUCAGUAGAGUGCCUGCCUGGUUCAAGGCUUUGUGCUGAUGCUCUAAAGUGUGUUGCAAUUGAUUUAUUUUGUGAUGGAGAAUUCAACUGUCCAGAUGGUUCCGAUGAAGAUAAUAAAAUCUGUGCCACAGCUUGUGAUGGAAGAUUUUUGUUGACUGGAUCUUCUGGGUCCUUCCAGGCUGCCAAUUAUCCAAACCCUUCUACAUCAAGUGUUGUUUGCCAGUGGAUUAUACGUGUAAACCAAGGACUUUCCAUUGAACUGAGCUUCGAUUCUUUUAAUACAUACUAUACAGAUGUAUUAUAUAUUUAUGAAGGUGUGGGUUCAAGCAAGAUUUUAAGAGCUUCUCUCUGGGAAACCAGUCCUGGAAUAAUUAGGAUUUUUUCCAACCAAGUUACUGCCACCUUUCUUAUAGGAUCUGAUGAAAAUGAUUAUAUUGGCUUUAAUGCAACGUACACUGCAUUUAACAGCACAGAGCUUAACAAUUAUGAGAAAAUUAACUGUGAUUUUGAAGACGGCUUUUGUUUCUGGGUCCAGGAUCUAAACGAUGACAAUGAAUGGGAGAGGGUUCAGGGAAGCACCUUUCCUCCUUUCACUGGACCAGAUUUUGACCACACUUAUGGCAAUGUUUCAGGAUUUUACAUUUCCACCCCGACUGGACCAGGAGGGAGACGAGAAAGAGUAGGACUUUUAAGUCUCCCUUUAGAUCCUACUUUGGAACCAGUCUGCCUUAGUUUCUGGUAUUACAUGUAUGGUGAAAAUGUCUAUAAGUUAAGCAUUAAUAUCAGCAGUGACCAAAACAUGGAGAAGAUGAUUUUCCAAAAGGAAGGAAAUUACGGAGAAACAUGGAAUUAUGGACAAGUAACUUUAAAUGAAACUGUGGAAUUUAAGGUUGCUUUUAAUGCUUUUAAGAACCAGCUCCUGAGCGACAUAGCAUUGGAUGACAUUAGCCUAACAAAUGGGAUUUGCAAUGUGAGUCUUUAUCCAGAACCAACUUUGGUCCCAACUCCUCCACCAGAACUUCCUACGGACUGUGGAGGACCUUUUGAACUGUGGGAGCCAAAUACAACCUUCACUUCUAUGAACUUUCCCAACAACUACCCUAAUCAGGCUUUCUGUGUUUGGAAUUUAAAUGCACAAGAGGGAAAGAAUAUACAACUUCAUUUUCAAGAAUUUGACUUAGAAAAUAUUGCAGAUGUAGUUGAAAUCAGAGAUGGUGAGGGAGAUGAUUCCUUGCUCUUAGCUGUGUACACAGGGCCUGGUCCAGUAAAGGACGUGUUCUCAACCACCAGCAGAAUGACUGUGCUUCUCAUCACUGACAAUCUGUUGACCAAAGCUGGAUUUAAAGCCAACUUCGCUACUGGCUAUCACUUGGGGAUUCCAGAGCCCUGCAAAGAAGACAAUUUUCAGUGUAAGAAUGGAGAGUGUGUUCCACUGGUGAAUCUCUGUGAUGGUCUUCCACACUGUCCAGAUGGCUCAGAUGAAGCACAUUGUGUGCGUCUUUUCAAUGGCACAACGAGCAACAAUGGUUUGGUGCAGUUCAGAAUCCAGAGCAUAUGGCAUGUAGCUUGUGCUGAGAACUGGACCACCCAGAUUUCAAAUGAUGUUUGUCAGCUGCUGGGACUAGGGAGUGAAAACUCAUCAGUGCCAAUCUACUCUACUGAAGGUGGACCAUUUGUAAAAUUAAACACAGCAUCUAAUGGCAGCUUAACACUAACACCAAGCGAACAGUGUUUACAGGAUUCACUGGUUCUAUUACAAUGUAACCAUAAAGCAUGUGGAAAAAGACUGGUGGCUCAAGAAGUCAGCCCAAAGAUUGUUGGAGGAAACAAUGCCAAAGAAGGAGCCUGGCCCUGGGUCGUUGCUCUGUCUUAUAACAACCGGCUGCUCUGUGGCGCUUCUCUCGUUGGCAGCGACUGGCUAGUGUCUGCCGCGCACUGCGUGUAUGGGAGAAAUCUAGAGCCCUCUAAGUGGAAAGCAAUCCUGGGCCUGCAAAUGACAUCGAAUCUGACUUCUCCUCAAGUAGUAACCCGGUUGAUAGAUCAAAUUGUCAUUAAUCCACAUUACAAUAAACGGAGAAAGGAGAGUGACAUCGCCAUGAUGCACCUUGAAUUUAAAGUGAAUUACACAGAUUAUAUACAACCUAUUUGUUUACCAGAAGAAAAUCAAGUUUUUCCUCCAGGAAGCAUUUGUUCUAUUGCUGGCUGGGGAACUGUUGAAUAUCAAGGUUCCACUGCAGACAUAUUGCAAGAAGCUGACGUUCCUCUUCUAUCAAAUGAGAAAUGCCAACAACAGAUGCCAGAAUAUAACAUCACAGAAAAUAUGGUAUGUGCAGGCUAUGAAAAAGGAGGAGUAGAUUCCUGUCAGGGGGAUUCAGGAGGACCGUUAAUGUGCCAAGAAAACAACAGAUGGUUCCUGGCUGGUGUGACGUCAUUUGGAUACCAAUGUGCACGGCCUAAUCGCCCAGGGGUGUAUGCCAGGGUCUCCAGGUUCACAGAAUGGAUACAGAGUUUUCUAUAUUAG